CGGGAAUAGAAGAAAAAAAAGUUGGGAACUUUCUCCGUGUAGUGAAUUUGAUAUCUGAAAGACUGAAACGGAAGAUGGCUUCGUCGUCGACUCCUAAAACCCUAAUGGAUUAUUUCCAACCUCCCAAACGCCACAAAGCUUCCUCCUUUCCCGCCGUUUCCGCCGCCACAGGGUCCCACAGUCUGGACUCCGCAGCAAAAUCGCCGCCUCGCGUAACCGUUUCCGACGACUCGUCUAGCCUCACACCAGACCAAAUCUCUCGCUCAGAGUUCAACAAAUCAGUAGCCAAAUCCAAACGCAUCCUCGCCCUCUGCUCCGAGAAGGUCACAAAAGCUAAAGAUGAAGGAAGAUGCUACGUGGCAUUGACUGAGCUCUUAGUUGAAGAAACAUGGCUUAAAGCUCUCCCUGGAGAAUUGGAUAAGCCUUACGCUAAGACCCUUUCUUGUUUCCUUGAAAGUGAGAUCGUAGCUGACAGUAAAAGUCCUCAAAUUUAUCCUCCUCAGGAAUUGGUUUUCAAUGCGCUUAAUACAACUCCUUUUGAUCGAGUCAAGGUUGUUAUUAUCGGACAGGAUCCUUACCAUGGACCUGGUCAAGCUAUGGGAUUGUCAUUCUCUGUGCCUGAAGGAGAGAAGCUUCCUUCUAGUCUUUUGAAUAUAUUUAAGGAGCUUCAUAAAGAUGUUGGUUGUAGUAUCCCUCGUCAUGGUGAUCUACAGAAAUGGGCUGUGCAGGGUGUUUUGCUGUUGAAUGCUGUUCUUACAGUAAGGAGUAAACAGCCUAACUCACAUGCAAAGAAAGGAUGGGAACAGUUCACUGAUGCUGUUAUUGGAAGUAUCUCACAGCAGAAGGAAGGUGUUGUCUUUCUCCUCUGGGGAAAAUACGCUCAAGAGAAAUCCAAGUUGAUAGAUGGGAAUAAGCAUCACAUUCUCACAGCAGCUCAUCCAUCUGGUUUGUCAGCGCAUAGAGGCUUCUUCAAUUGCAGGCAUUUCUCUCGAGCGAACCAGCUACUCGAGAAAAUGGGCACUCCCCCUAUAGACUGGCAGCUCUAACCUCUUAACCAGUGUUCAAGCCAGGAGGAAGUAAAGAGUGCUCUUCAGAAGCCCGCCAUUUUUUUCUGCAAUCUCUUUUGUGAAAUAUUGUGUUAUCAUGGAAGUCUAGACGACUAGCAUACGCUGCUAAAAGAUGUACUCGAGUAUGACUAAGUAGUUGUAAACUAUAUCUUCAUUGUGUACUCUUUGAAGAAUAGUGUAUUAUAUUAGUGCUGCUUAAUUGUAGAACUUCCUUGUUGCCACGAAGUAUGGAGAAGUUAGAAAGUAUUGAUUGGUGGGAUUAGUUAUAAGUAUGUACAUAUGCGUGAAAGAUAGCUGGCAGCUUUGAGCUGCAAUUAAACGCAGUUUUGA